GUUAAUACAAUCUGUUGGAAUGAGACUGGAGAAUAUAUUUUAUCUGGCUCAGAUGAUACCAAGUUAGUAAUUAGUAACCCUUACAGCAGAAAGGUUUUGACAACAAUUCGUUCAGGGCACCGAGCAAAUAUAUUUAGUGCAAAGUUCUUACCGUGCACAAAUGAUAAGCAGAUUGUGUCCUGCUCUGGGGAUGGAGUAAUAUUUUAUACUAAUGUUGAGCAAGAUGCAGAAACCAACAGACAAUGCCAAUUUACGUGCCAUUAUGGAACUACCUAUGAGAUUAUGACUGUACCCAAUGACCCAUAUACUUUUCUCUCUUGUGGUGAAGAUGGAACCGUUCGGUGGUUUGAUACACGCAUCAAAACUAGCUGCACAAAAGAAGAUUGCAAAGAUGAUAUUUUAAUUAACUGCCGACGUGCUGCCACAUCUGUAGCUAUUUGUCCACCAAUACCAUAUUAUCUUGCUGUUGGUUGUUCAGAUAGCUCAGUACGAAUAUAUGAUCGGCGAAUGCUGGGCACAAGAGCCACAGGGAAUUAUGCAGGUCGAGGAACUACUGGAAUGGUUGCCCGUUUCAUCCCUUCUCAUCUUAAUAAUAAGUCCUGCAGGGUGACAUCCCUGUGUUACAGUGAGGACGGCCAAGAGAUUCUUGUUAGUUACUCUUCAGAUUACAUAUAUCUUUUUGACCCGAAAGAUGAUACAGCACGAGAACUUAAAACUCCUUCUGCAGAAGAAAGAAGAGAAGAGUUACGACAGCCUCCAGUGAAGCGUUUGAGACUUCGUGGUGAUUGGUCAGAUACUGGACCCCGAGCGAGGCCUGAGAGUGAACGAGAACGAGAUGGUGAGCAAAGUCCCAAUGUGUCACUGAUGCAGAGAAUGUCUGACAUGUUAUCAAGGUGGUUUGAAGAAGCAAGUGAAGUUGCACAAAGCAAUGGAGGACGAGGAAGAUCUCGGCCAAGAGGUGGAACGAGCCAGUCAGAUGUGUCUGCUCUUCCUGCGGUCCCAUCAAGUACCGAUUUGGAAGUGGGGGAAAGUGCAAUGGAAGUAGAUCCUUCAGCUGAACAGUCUCUUCAGCCUUCUACGUCCGCUGCAGUGUCAGCUCAGGUUCAUUCGACAUCCCCUUCUACAGAAAGCCCUCAUUCUACUUCUUUGCUGUCUUCUCCAGACAAUGAACAAAGGCAGUCUGUGGAGGCAUCUGGACGCCAUACGCAUCAUCAGUCUGAUUCUCCUUCUUCUGUGGUUAACAAACAGCUCGGAUCCAUGUCACUUGACGAGCAACAGGAUAACAAUAAUGAAAAGCUGAGCCCCAAACCAGGGACAGGUGAACCAGUUUUAAGUUUGCACUACAGCACAGAAGGAACAACUACAAGCACAAUAAAACUGAACUUUACAGAUGAAUGGAGCAGUACUGCCUCAAGCUCUAGAGGAAAUGGGAGCCACUGCAAAUCAGAGGGUCAGGAAGAACCCUUGGCCCCAGAGAGCUCUGUGCAACCACCGGGAGACAGUGACACAAAAGCUCUUGAAGAAUCAUCAGAGGAUGUGACAACAUAUCAGGAAGGUACAUCUGCAGAAAACACAGUUGAGAACCGUUUAGAAAUGGCACAACCAGAUAAAUUCACAUCUGAGCCAUCGGAUUCCAGCUCAGGAGAAAGAAAUGACUUCAAUCUUGAUAGCUCUUCUGGGGUUCCAGAAGAAUCCACCUUGUCUGAACAAGGCAAGGAACCAGGAACUUCCAAUCAAACUAGCACUGAAGGUGCUACCAAUCAGAAUACCACCAGUCCUGAGCCUCCAUCACAAACAGAAGCCAUCGGGCCUUUGGCUCAUGAAGAAGCAUUAGCCAGGGACUCUGCUCUCCAGGACACAGAUGACAGUGAUGACGACCCCGUCCUAAUCCCAGGUGCAAGGUAUCGAGCCGGACCUGGUGACAGACGCUCUGCUGUUGCCCGCAUUCAGGAGUUCUUCAGGCGGAGGAAAGAAAGGAAAGAAAUGGAAGAAUUGGAUACUUUGAACAUUAGAAGGCCACUAGUAAAGAUGGUUUAUAAGGGCCAUCGCAACUCCAGGACAAUGAUAAAAGAAGCCAAUUUCUGGGGUGCUAAUUUUGUAAUGAGUGGUUCCGACUGUGGCCAUAUCUUCAUCUGGGAUCGUCAUACUGCUGAGCAUUUAAUGCUUCUGGAAGCUGAUAAUCAUGUGGUAAACUGCCUGCAGCCACAUCCGUUUGACCCAAUUCUAGCCUCAUCUGGCAUAGAUUAUGACAUAAAGAUCUGGUCACCACUAGAAGAGUCAAGGAUUUUUAACCGAAAACUUGCUGAUGAAGUUAUAACUCGAAACGAACUCAUGCUGGAAGAGACCAGAAACACCAUCACAGUGCCAGCCUCUUUCAUGUUGAGGAUGUUGGCUUCACUGAACCAUAUCCGAGCUGACCGGUUGGAGGGUGACAGAUCAGAAGGCUCUGGUCAGGAGAAUGAAAAUGAGGAUGAGGAAUAACCAUCUGUUAUUGGCAAGCACUUAGAUGUUCUGAAAUUUGUAGAAGACAUUUAUUCUAUUUUUUUCUUUACAGAGCUUUAGUGCAAUUUUAAGGUUAUGGUGUUUUGGAGUUUUCCCUUUUUUCGGGAUAACCUAACAUUGGUUUGGAAUGAUUGUGUGCAUGAAUUUGGAAGAGUGUGUAAAACAAAACUAGCAAAAUGUUUAAAAAACUUUUUGCCAUGUGUGAGGAGUGCUAGAAAAUGCAAAGUGCAAUAUUUUCCCUAACCUUCAGGUAUGAGAGCUUGGAUCAAUGUGGAAGAGUAAUUUUCAUUAUAGUGAAAAUGUUGGUUCAAAUAAAUUUCUACACUUGCCAUUUGCAUGUUUGUUGCUUUCUAAUUAAAGAAGUUGGUGGUUUUAAGAUA